CCUGCAUUAAGGCUAAUGCUAAUAAUCCUGAAUAAAAAGCUACGAAUCAAAGCACAGCAGACACUAUCACUCAGAUCAGUUUCCCUUGUUUGGCUGGCAGAACUAUCGUCAGUCAUAAGCUGGUUAACAGAGCAGUACUGACCUCCAAUGACUUGAGGCAGCACAAAUAGGCAAUGUGUGCUAAUGAGGUCAGAGCUGUCAGUAGCUCAGGCUGUUCACCAAACAAACCAAAGCACAACAACCCCAACACACAAACCACAAUAAACCACAUCAAAUUAAAAAAAAGUAACACUAACUGACAUGACACUUAGGACAGGGUUGCAAAAUAUAUAGAAUAUAUAUAGAAAUAAUAUAGAAAAGUCAUGCCCCUGAUACUACUAAGGGAAACUCUCCUCACUGAACCCCACUCAAGGCAGGUAGAACAGAAUAAGUGAGCAGCCUUUCACACUCUUGCGUUUAAAGCCUGACACAACUGAAUGGAACAGAAUGCAUCAUAAACUCAGGAUGAAUCCUAAAGUAAACUAAAUGGAACUGCAUUGCACCGCAAAAGCCACUUCCAAAGCAGACAGCUUCUCUGCUAGCUGCAGAUUUUACAUUCUUAAAAAUAAAAGAGCUUGACAGAACAGGGGUGUCCAAACACGGUCCUGGAGGGCCACUGUCCUGCAGCUUCAAAAUUCCACAACACACCUGCCUGGAUGCUUCUAGUAAGACCUUGAUUAACUAAAAAUGUUGGCAUUGGCCCUCCAGGAGCAGGAUUGGACACCCCUGUCAUAGAAGAACCAGUUUUGGCUCCCCAAAGAAUCUUUCAGUAAAAAUGUUCCUAAAAGAUCCAUUUUUUGUUAGUGUGAAGAAUAUUUUCCCACUUUUUUGGAAUGGAAAGAUUCCAUGGAUGUUAUUAAACGUUCUUCAUGGAACCACAGAGGCUUCUAAAGAAGCUUUAUUUUUAAGAGUGCAUGUAAUCAAUUUACUAUUAUGAUCAAGAAGCAACUCAAGUAAGUAAGGGUAAGGGUCAGGUCAUGACAGACAAGAGAGGUCAUUUCAUGGAUGGGUGGUCCAAAACGUCCAAAACUGCUCAAAUGGAUAGGCAGAAAAAUGCAACAACCAUAGUCGGGGCACAACACAUGGGGCAUUCCAGAAAAAAAAAAAAAGAACAAGGUCUCCCAUGUCAGGCCCCAUGACUUGAUUUCGAAUAUCUAGCCACUUGUCAAAGGGUUACUCCACCCCAAAAUGAAAGUUUUGUCAUUAAUCACUUACCCCCAUGAAAUAGUAAUAAAAGUCCAUCUGCCAUCAAUGGUUCAACCGUAACGUUAUGAAGCUACAAGAAUACUUUUUGUACGCAAAGAAUACAAAAAUAAUGACUUUAUUCAACAAUUCUUCUCCUCUGCGUCAGCGCAGCGCCAUUUUGGAGAGUAUCCGCUGGAUGCAAACUGCAUACGCUGUUCUGUGUCAGCCGCGCCACACGGAUUCGUCUUCUAUGUGUAUUUACGCUUUGAUUUGAACAAAAACAGCAGCACAUGCAGUUUGCGUCCAGCGGAUGUCCUGGACAUUUAUCUUAAAAGAUAAAUCUGACCAACUGAGAUUUUAGUUAUUGUAGUAUUACAGCACACUGUGAGUGUACAUUAGCACAGUUAGUUGUUUGCAUUUGGCAUCUGAUUUGCAUUUGGACCUAGAAAUGAUGACGCGUGACGCCAGAUGUCAAAGCCCCAAAAUAGUGUUUCUUGAAGAGACUCGCACCAUACUAUAACAUGAACCACCACACUGUUCAUAUUUCUGAAGAUAAAAUAACAAUUUGUAGGGUGUUGUCCCAUUCAUAAAUACACCUCUGGGAUUUUACACAUCCUGUUACCUAGUCCAUUUAGAGUAACAGCAGAUGGUCGUGUAAGCUGGUGGGUCUUACUGGAAUAUGAACCCCCAAUGUAAAGCGCACCCGUCCCACACUUUGAGCGAUGCUAAUCGCGUUGAUCAUCUCACUUGAUGACACAGGUCAUUCAGUAGCAAAGGGCAGAGUUUUGUUUGCUAUCCUCGUGUUGUAAGACCCUGUUGUGAAGGAGCAAAUCGACAUAAUGCAGCACUCAUCAGAAGUAGUGUGACGUAACUAACUAAUCUUUCAGAAAGCCUGUCUGGAUUUAAAUAGAGAUAUACAUAAUCCCAUUCAGCACUUAGAGGAGUUGUCAGGGGGAGCCAAGCCCAAAGAGGGGCCAGCGACAGCACUCAACACAACACCGUCCCGUUGUCCUAGUCGGAGAAAGAAACUGCGAAAGCAGAGAUAUUUUGAGACAAGAGAGGAGGCAAAAGAGGAGGGUGGGUGAAAUCAGAAGGAGACUCAGCAAAUCUGCCCCUUUGACCCGCUUGUACAGCUUGGGAAUAUGGGGAACACCAAGAGCGGCGCUUUGUCCAAAGAGAUUCUGGAUGACCUGAAGCUGAACACUAAAUACACCGAGGAAGAGCUCUGCGCAUGGUACGCCACCUUCCUCAAAGAGUGUCCCACCGGACGCAUCACCAAGGAACAGUUCGAGGGCAUCUACGCCAGUUUCUUUCCAGAUGCCGACCCUACCGCUUACGCUCGGCACGUCUUCCGCAGCUUUGACACUAAUGCUGACGGCACCUUGGACUUUAAGGAGUACAUUGUGGCACUUCACCUUACCUCGUCAGGCAAGACCCUGCGCAAACUCGAAUGGGCGUUCGCUCUGUACGACGUAGACGGCAACGGGACCAUCAGUAAAAACGAGGUGCAGGAGAUUGUCCGGUCAAUAUUCAACAUGAUUCCCGUCGAAGACCAGAAAACCCUUCCGGAAGAUGAGAACACGCCAGAAAAGCGAGCGGACAAAAUCUGGAACUUUUUCGGAAAGAAUGAAGAUGAUAAGAUUGGAGAGGGGGAAUUCAUUCAGGGUGUCAUGGAAAACAAAGACAUCUUGAGGUUGAUACAGUUCGACGAGCCAAAGAAGAUUCAGGAAAAACUUAAGGAGAAGAAGCCUUAAUGGCCACAUUCCCAUGAGACUGAUUUCUAUUCAUUUGACACUAAACCUACACGA